GAUGGUUUGGCAGCUUUUUCAGACUACGACAAAUUGAUGUCAGCUUUCAAAUCAAUGGACUUUCCAGUCUGGACUGGACUAUACAAAGAUGGUAAAGACUCACACUGUCGCAGCCUAAUAUGUUUUUAUGAAAUAUUACUUUGUAUUCAGUCCAGUAAUUUAUCCAUUAGUGAGAUUUUUUUUCUAGGAUGGCACCAAAUCUGUUAAGUCACCAUCUCAAAUAGCGAAUGCCGCAUUCACGUCAUAUGGGAUGGAUGGUAGAGACACAGAUUCCCAUGUCUACAGCCUACGAGCGUUCACGUAACAGGACAACUCAAGAUGGUAAGGCAUGGAAAUGGAGCUCAGGGUUGUCUGAGUACAGAAACUGGGCAGUAAAUGAGCCGGGGAACAAAGGCGACUGCGUCUCCAUCUCCUCUGUGAGCAAAAAGAUGGCCACCCAAAACUGUGCUGCCCGGUUUCCCUCCAUCUGCUUCACAGACAACCUGGUCCUGGUAAAGGAGAACAAGACCUGGGAGGAGGCGCUGGAACACUGCCGAUCCCUGAAGUUAUAUUAUCAAAGAUACGACCUGGUCAGCGUGCAGCCUGGAGUGGACAACAACUAUGUGAUGAACAAGGUCAAGGAGGCCGUCACUGAGAGGGUGUGGGCAGGCCUGCGUUUCCUGGCCGGUCAUUGGCUGUGGGUGAACGGGGCAGAUAUGUUGUACUCUGACCUGCCGCUCUGCCCCCUCAAGAUGCAGCAAUGUGGAGCCUUCUCCAGGAAUGAGAUGGGCGGUUUGGAGAUCAGAGACUGUACAGAGAAAAGGAACUUCCUGUGUUAUGGAUGGACGUAAUGACAUCACUACCCUGCAUCAUGGUGGAGCAUCCCUCCAUCCAACAGGUUUAUGUUCACAUGCUACUAAAUGUGGUACACAGCUUCUUUAGAUGAUUGGUAUACAAAAGGUUUUAAAUGCAUUACUAUAAUAUGUCCCAUAAUAUGUAAUAACGCUACAAAUGUUUGACCAGCUUUGUGAUAAUAUGAGAAUAUCUCUGUAAACUCCUUAAAAUGUUUUAAACAUUUUAUUUAUAUAUCGGCUACUAAUUAUAAUGCUCAGCUUUGUAAGUACUAAUUAAAACAUAAUGAUCAACUGUGA